AUGUCUUUGAAUUUGUACACACCUGCUGAUGGUCUCUAUAGCACUCAUGUCACGUGGGAAGACAUCGAGGAAGAUAUGCAAAGGGAACUGAACACAAUUGCUUCUUUCGGACCGAAUAAGACUGCUAAGGACAUCGGAGAUGGCAAUGGGUUUAUGUCAAAAAUGGUGCUCAUCGAUCCGGACUGGCAGCACAAAGACAAGGAACUUCCGCAGAAAUUCGUUGUGAAGGUACGUUUCCGUCUCUAUCCUGGAUCCCAUUCUAAAAAGUGA